AUGACUGCGUGUCCGGCGAGUCCGUGCGACGCUGGUUCGUCGGCUUCGAUGCCCGUCCCGCCUCCGACGUCGGGGCCCCGCGGCCUCCUCCACUCGGACGGUCUUCCCGCGCCUCACAGCUCCUGUCUGCAGACGGCCGGACGAGGCCUCUUCUACGAGCACCCGAGGCGGGUUCCCCUCCUGCCGUCGGCCGGACACGAUGGUACCCUCGGCACCUUUGCCCCCUCUCUUUUAUUGCCGCUUGCUCGAGUCGACAGUCCCCGGUCCCCAGACUCAGUCUGCCGGUCUGCCGGUCUGCCGGUCCUCUGGUCUCGAGGCGGGCACGACGUAAAGUCGAGAGGAGGACGGACUUCGUGA